CAGGCUUCAGUCUGUCGGAGUCCUGUGGCUGGACUGCUGCGCUGAGUUUUCCUUCUUGUGAUCAUGAAAGGGUUGGCAAAAACCUCAGCAUAGAGGAUGACACAGUGCCUUACAGCAUCAUGCUAGAACAGAUAAAUAACUGUAUUUUGAGGAGAUCAUGCUGAAUGGUGCUACGUGCUGAGACGGAAGACGCAGCUUCAUGGAUCUCUGGAUUCAGCUGACAUUCCUGGAAAAAUAGAGGAGCUACAUAAGAGUGAGGAAGACACACCUUUCACGACAAUACCUUUAUCUACAAUGGUUGACAAAAAAGUUAUCUAAGCAAAUUCAAACACAAGGAAGAAACUUCCUCAUCCAUUUAGUAAUGGAUAACUGCCACAAUAACAACGAACAUGAAUUUCCUGAGGAGUUUUGCCCUGAAGAAAAAAAUGAACCAAAACAAGGCAUUUGUUAAAUUACAGCAGCUUUGCUUUUGCGUUUGCCUGAUAGCUGCAUCUUUUUAAGUGAAAGCUCACAAAUUAGGUUGCAAUCCAUUUACAGGAAACAUUGCCAUCCCUAAUCUUAUCUCAUACCUUGUAAUUGCUGUAAUAAAAUAGUCAAUUAUAAAACACGCUCAUCCCAAACAUUAAAAAUGAGUAAUCUCACUGAAGAGCUGAAGGAAAAUCAUUCUGAAUGUGUUCCUAAUGCAGAGGUAGUCACCAAAGUUCUGCCCACCAUGUACACAAUUGUCUUCAUUGUGGGACUACUGCUUAAUGGACUCAAUCUAUGGAUAUUCUGCUACAUUCCCAGCAACAGGAGCUUCAUUGUCUACCUGAAAAACAUUGUGAUCGCCGAUCUUCUAAUGAUCCUCACAUUUCCAAUGAAAGUAAUCAGCGAUGCAGGAUUUGGGAAUGAGCAGUUGCGUGUGUUCGUCUGCCGCUACUCCGCAGUUGUUUUUUAUCUCAACAUGUACAUUGGAAUCAUAUUCUUGGGCAUUUUGGGAUUUGACAGAUAUUUCAAAAUUGUGAGACCAUUCAACACCUCUUCAUCUCUUCAGAGUGUUUUCUAUAGCAAGUUUAUAUCAGCACUCGUGUGGACAUUUAUGGCGUUUAUUACAGUCCCCAAUAUGAUCCUAACCAACCAAGAAUAUGACGGGACAAAAAAAGUCAAUUGUGCCAAGCUCAAGAGCGAGCUCGGCAUAAAAUGGCAUAAGGCUUCAAAUUAUAUCUGCAUUGGUAUAUUCGUGCUGGUGUUUUCACUGCUGCUUAUAGUUUAUGUUUCAAUCUCAAGGAAGAUAUACCAAUCCCAUCAGAAGUUUAGAAGAGGUUCUAAUGCUGGCAGAAAGUCCACACGCAAUAUAUAUAGCAUCUUGGUCGUAUUCUGUGUCUGCUUUGUUCCGUAUCACCUAUGUCGAAUUCCAUAUACAAUAAGCCAGACAGGAAAUAGUUAUUCUUGUCAAGCCAAAAAAAACUUGUAUUAUGUCAAAGAGGUGACUUUGCUUCUGUCGUCUGCAAAUGUCUGUCUUGACCCUGUCAUUUAUUUCUUCAUGUGUCAACCCUUCCGACAGAUGCUAUUUAAGAAGAUGGGUAUUAAAAACAGACUUCAGGAGACAGAAAAAGCGUCCUGUAAAGUUUCAUCCUCACAACCAGCAUUAAUAUAAGGUGCAACCCAAUGGAAGAUGAAGACAUUCAUAAGCAAGGAUUGAAUCAUUUCAUAUUUAUUAUUUACCGUAUAUGGCGUCCAUAUAUUGCGUUGCAGCCUGUUGAAGGUUUUGCUAGCAUGUUACGAUAAUGCACUGAAUUUUUAUCGUGAGAAAUUGGAGUCCAUAGCAGAAUUUGUGGAAAAGCUAAGGCCAGACGCAUCUGUGUGAAAUCAGAGGCACCCAAAGGUGCCUUAUUACAGAUCCUCAGCCAUGUGUAUGAGUUUUUAGAGUAGUGAUCUCCAACCUAUGGCUCCCCAGAUGUUGCAAAUCUAAAACUCCCAUGUAGUUUUGCAAAAUUUGGGGAACAUUAUCUUGGAGGGAACCAUGAAGUAAUUCACUUUUAAGGAUAAACUGGCCACACCAGAUGCAAUUUCUCAGCCGUGUCCCUCAAAAGUGGUGCAAGUCUGAUGUAACGGAAUUGUUUAAAGCUACAGUUAUCAUUUUAUAGGGCUAUUUGUGUUAUAGUAGUACUGCUUCAUACUGUUUGCUGUAACCUCAUGUACUAGUGUGUACAAUGUUAUGCCCCUAAAUUGUGUCCUUUGUUGUCUUUAUCCAUCAAGUAGUUUUCAAGGCUAGAUGUUUGGACAUUGUUAAUUACUUCAAAGGGUCGUCCAAAAAUGUAAAUCUAUCCACUAUCCCAGGAUAGCAGCUAAGUGUCUGAUCCAUGGUGGUCUGACCUCUACAAGCACUACCAGUGAUGGGGAUGGGGGUCUUAUGCCUCUUGCAUGAAUCAAGCAGCUGUUCAGCAUUUGCACUCAGCUCUGUUCAGCAUUUCCCCCUAUGGGAAACAGCGUUCAGCUAUCUCUAGCAGACCCACAAAGAUGAAUGGAUCAGCAGCAUGCAUGCUCAACAGCUGCUUGAGUCAUUCCAGGGGACACUGGACCCCAUCCUCCCGACUGGUGGAGGUCACGGCAGUAAGACUCCCUCAUGACUCAUACAUUUAGCUACUAUCCUGUGAGGAGGGGAUAAGUUCAAAUCUAGGUAUAUUUGCACAAAAGUAUCCUAUUUCAUAAGAUUCUUUAUUUUCCAAAUGUUUCCUUCAUAGGCUGGGCCUUUCAGUAAAUCACUUAUAAAAUGG